AUGACGGAUUCAUAGGGAGAAGGGGUUAGGGGUUCAAGAGCGCAACGAGGUUCUGUCUUGGCUCUCAAACACUUUGACAUUUAUAUCAGCCACUGAGGCGAACGAACCAAGCGGGGGUGGUCUCCAAAAAAAAAAAAAAUCAAACCCUCUUCACUGAGCGAAAACACAGCAGUGCCUCCAGUUUGUCUGGAGACAGUUUGUUUUCGUUUUCCACUCCAAAGAUGGAGGUAUUGACCAAGGUAUCGUUGAUCUUAAUGCUUGUGAUGCCACUGGUAUCCGGGCAGCAGGAGCAAGAGCCGUCAAGUGAGCCACCUCGCCCAGCAUCUCAGUGUAACUGUCCGAUAAGACACCCUCAGGAGAAUAUAUGCCGGGCCGAUAUCGUCAUACAGGGGCGGAUUAUGGAGGUGAAAUCUCCCGGUGACGGUCUUCUCUCAACAGUGGCCUUGCUGGAGUACUCCGUUAAGGUCAACAAGGUCUUUAAAGACACAGAAGGUGUCCUGAACAGAAAGAGGAGACGCAAAAUUGCUAUGAUCACAUCCAGCUCGGACCGACUUUGUGGAGUGACGGAGAUGAAAACUGGAGCCUUGUAUCUCAUGACAGGUUUGGAGAUUGGAGGGGAGAUAUUCUUCAGUCAGUGCGAAUGGGUACACAGGUAUAAGGAACUUUCACCAGAUCAAAAAGCAGGUCUGAAGCAAGAAUUUCUGCGGGGAUGCGACUCUUGUCAGAUUGAUCAGCAAGGCAGUAGUAUUCCUGGCAUCCAUAACGACACAGCCUCCGAAACUGAUUGCUACCAUGACCCGUUGGGCUCCGAACAACUUGGAAUUGAAGACUGCGAGACUGAGUACUCCAUUUGCAAACCAGUCAAGAAGGGGCACUGUGCUUGGACAGGCGGCCAACGCUACAAAAGUUGCGUUGAGAAACGAAUCAAUAAGUUCAAUGAGGCUAAACAGGUGGCCCUUCUUGCAAAAGGUGGCAAGGUGGUUGACAUUCCAGUGCGAAAAAAUAAACACCAAACCAAAACCCCAAACUUGAAAUCUGUAGAAGUGUUUCUAUCAGAAGGCUGUGGUUUCGACGAGUCACUACACGCAAUGGAUACACGCGGCAACUCCAUUACCUUGUUCGUCUGUAUAUUUCUGACUGUCGGCGUUUCGUUGGUACUGAGUUGCACCUGUCAGAAGAGACACCCCCAGCAGCACGUAUGCGACGCUGAUUUCGUGAUCAGAGGCACAGUAUUGGGGCGAUCGAGGCUCCCUGUGGAAGGGUAUGCAGGGCAGUACGAGUACCGCAUCCAAGUACAGAAGACCUUCAAAGGAGAGGAGUACGGGAUAGGAGAAGAAGCUAAGCUCAUCACGCCUUCCUCAGAGGCAUUGUGUGGGCUACCAAUGCUCAGGGACGGACAAACAUAUGCCAUCACAGGAAAGCUACGAGAUGACAAACUGCAGAUUAGCGUUUGUGACUGGGUACCAGAGUGGGAGUCCGUAACUCGAUCGCAGCGUCAAGGACUUAAACAUAUGUAUCAACGAUACUGCAGCAAAUGCCCGAUACAAAUCAGCAGCCCCGCUCGCUCGCUUUCCCAAGGACCACUGGACUCUUUCCGGGGGUGUUUCUACAAUCCCUUCGCUCCCUACCGCCACAAAGUGGAGGAUUGCGAGGGGGCAUACUCAAGCUGCGUGAGAAAUCCCGAAGGUGGAUGCAACUGGCUCACUACCAGUAGCUACAAAGAAUGUCACGAGGAACGCCAGAAGAAGAUAAAAUCGGCCAAGAAAGAACAGAAAACUGGUGCAAAGAGGCUCGAUAACGGUGUCAGCUGGUAACCAGAUGUUUGGCGCGUGAGACUAUGGCUUCAAAAUAGUAUUUAAUAAUAAAGGAAACAGAUCAUGAAUAUGGAAACAAAUUCUUUGGAAAAACUUCCUAUUUAUGUAAACUUCAGUGCUGUAGCUAGACCAAUUUUAGUGGUGGGAUUUAUAUCCAAUUUAGUCCACCAAGGGCGAGAGGUUCAACAAAAUGA